AUGUCGUUCCUGUUCGGCCGUAGUAAGGACAAGGGUCCUGGUGAGGCUGUCAGACGGCUCAGGGAACACCUGCUCAAGCUCGACCAACCUGGUGCCAGAAGAACUGCACAGGAGGAAGCCGGCAAGCAGCUACGCCUUAUCAGAAACGAGCUCGCCCCUGUUCCAGGAGAUGAGAAUAAUGAUAACAUCUUCGCGAUUGCUCAGGAAGCCUGCGCCCUUGACCUCUUCCCUAUUCUCGCCAUAUGCCUCCCGAAACUCGACUUUGAGGCACGAAAGGAUUCUACGACCAUCUUGAACGCCCUCCUACGCUACAACGUCCAGAAUGCCCAGAUAUGUGUUCUCUACCUUGCUGGUCGCCAUCAAGGCGGCCACCGCCCUGACGCUAUCCUCACCCUUGUAAACGCCUACAACGACGCCGAGACCUCGUCGAAUAGCGGCCAGAUUCUCAAGGAAGCAUUCAAGUACGAGCCUCUUGCCAGAAUCGCCUUGUACGACCCCUCCUUCUGGAACUUCUUCACCUACGUUCAGGGCGGCCGCUUCGAUACCAGCAGCGAUGCUUUUACCACCUUCAAAGAACUGCUGACUCGCCACAAAGUACUUGUCGCGGAAUUUCUUGCAUCGCACUAUGAUGAAUUCUUCACCCAAUACAAUGCCCUCUUGACAUCCGAUAACUACAUUACAAAACGCCAAUCCAUAAAGCUCCUUGGUGAGAUCCUUCUGGACAGAGCCAACUACAACAUCAUGACAGCCUAUGUCGACUCUCCAGACCAUCUCAAGCUAUGCAUGAAUCUACUCCGGGACAAGUCGAAGAACGUUCAAUACGAGGCUUUCCACGUAUUCAAGGUCUUUGUCGCUAACCCGAAAAAGAGCAAGCCGGUGGAAUCGUUGUUGAUCAAGAAUAGAGAGCAGUUGUUGAGGUUCUUGCCUAAGUUUCACGAAGAUCGCAAGGAUGAUGAACAAUUCAAUGAUGAGAAAGCAUUCCUCCUGAAGCAAAUUGAAAUGCUAGGACAACCUCCCGGAUUCCCACAACAGAUUUAA